AUGGCUGACCGCUACCAAAACAACAUAUAUCACCAAAGUGACGACAGCUAUGGGACUUAUGGAGAAGGUGAUGGAGGUGGUCAUGAUGGAUAUGGUUACCAGGCGGAAUACCCUCCGCAGGAAGAGGAUGCUGCUAGUGAUGUCACUGAGGGUCAUGAUGAAGAAGAGCAGAUGUAUGAAGGAGAAUAUCAAGGUAUACCUCAUCCUGAUGAGGUGAAGGCUGCACAGAGAGCUGCAAGGGCGAAAUCUCGAGCUGGUGGUGCACUCUCAGAACUGCAAGAAUUAUCGGAACAGUAUGAGGAUAUCAUGGAAGAUUGUGGCCAUGGAAAGUUCCAGUGGACACUCUUCAUGGUGUUGGGGCUGGCUCUAAUGGCUGAUGGGGUUGAAUGUUUUGUGGUUGCCUUUGUUUUACCAUCUGCCGAAAAGGAUCUGUGCCUGUCCAAUGCAGAGAAAGGGAUGCUGGGUCUGAUUGUCUUCCUGAGUAUGAUGGUGGGAGCAUUCAUAUGGGGCGGUCUUGCAGACAAAGUUGGCCGCCGACGCUGUUUAGUCGUGGCAUUAGCUAUAGACUGUGUCUUUGUCUUCCUGUCCUCGUUGGCACAGAGCUAUGGCUUCUUUCUCUUCUUCAGGUUGCUGUCAGGCAUUGGUAUCGGUGGAACAGUGCCGAUAGUCUACUCGUACUUCUCCGAGUUCCUCCAGAUGGACAAGCGAGGAGAGCAUCUGUCCUGGUUAUGUAUGUUCUGGAUGAUUGGUGGGAUUUAUGCCUCUUUCACGGCCUGGGGAAUCAUUCCUAGAUAUGGUUGGGGUUUCAGCAUGGGCACAGAGUUCCAGUUCCACAGUUGGAGGUUAUUUGUCCUGAUUGCAGCUCUUCCUGCAAUUGCUGCUCUGGUUGGAUUAACAUUCAUGCCUGAAAGUCCUCGCUUUUUGCUUGAGAAUGCCAAACAUGAUGAAGCAUGGAUGAUUCUGAAGCAGGUCCACGACACCAAUUGGAGAGCCAAAGGACAGCCAGAAAAAGUGUUCACUGUGACCCACAUUAAGGCUCCGAAAACAGCUGAGGAUGAGUUAAUUGAGAUUCAAAGUGCUACAGGAACAGCUGUACAACGCUGGCUGGUCCGCUCACUCACACUCUGUAAACUGGUGUUAAAGAAUGUAGCAUCUCUAUUUUCUGCUGAGCUGAGGUUUGCAACGCUCUUCAUGGCCAUUAUUUGGUUCUGUAUGGCUUUCAGCUAUUACGGCCUAUCUGUGUGGUUCCCAGACAUGAUCAAGCACCUCCAAUAUGAAGAGUAUGAGUCAAGAGUAAAAGUAUUCCAUAGAGAGAAAGUGGAGAACUUCCAUUUCAACUUUUCUUUAGAAAACCAAGUCCAUAAAGAAGGGGAGUACAUCCAUGACAAGUUCAUCAAAAUAGAACUGAAGUCUGUGAAGUUUGAGGAUUCAUUAUUUGAAGACUGUCUCUUUGAGGACAUCAAGUCCACUGACACAGUGUUUGAGAACUGCACCAUACGAAACACUGUCUUCAUUCAUACAGAGGACUGGGAGAAUGAGAAGUUCAUUGACUGUAAGAUGGAAAACAUCACCUUUGAACACGACAAACGUGGUUGUCACUUGGACACUGGUGAAGAGAAUGAUGUCCUCAUAUAUCUGGUCAGCUUUCUUGGCAGCCUGGCGGUGUUGCCUGGCAACAUCAUCUCCGCCCUCUUCAUGGAGACGAUUGGCAGAGUCAAAAUUAUAGGGGGUUCCAUGCUGGUCUCAGCAGGAUGCACCUUUUUCCUGUUUUUGAGUUUCAGCCAAUCUGCCAUCAUCGCUCUGCAGUGUCUCUUUUGUGGCGUCAGUGUGGCUGCAUGGAACGGUAUCGAGGUGGUGACGGUAGAGCUGUACCCUGCUUCUAAAAGGGCCACUGCGUUUGGCGUCCUGAAUGCUUUCUGUAAACUGGCGGCUGUUCUUGGCAGCUCUAUCUUCGCCAGUUUUGUGGGCAUCACCAAAGCCAUCCCCAUCCUGCUGUCAUUCGCUGCACUGGUCUGUGGUGGUAUGGUUGCCCUCAGAUUGCCUGACACGCGGGAGAAAAUUCUCCAGUAA